AUGGCCAAAGCCGCCGCCUCCCUUCUCCCGGGUCUUCUCCCGACCCCGCCGACGAAGCCCUGCCUCAUCAUCCUGCCGGCUUCGUUCGCCUCCAACCCCAAGCCCGGCCGAGCCGACUCGGUCGAGAGGUGGGACGCGCACAAGAAGGACAAGAAGCCCACGAGCCCAGCCUCGUCGUGCUCCAGCAGCUCAAGUCCUGGCCGAGCCUCCUCCUGCCAGCGUUGGGACAUAAACAAGCACAUCUCCGGCAGCAGCUGCACGUCAUCGUCGUCAAGCCGGCAAAGCAGCACGAGCUCUGGCGGGGCGUCGCCGUGCGGGAGGUGGGAUAGCAACAAGCAGCUGCCGCCCAGCCGCACCACCCCCGCUGAUCGCUGGGACACACACAAGAAGCCUCUCCCUGCACAAGCUAGCGCAGAGAUCUGGACGAGCGACAAGGACAAGGAGCAGGAGGACGACAAAACGGCCACGGUUCUGAAAUCGACAACGCCACACAUAGGCCCCAUGUUCUCUGGCCCGAGCGUCCUCGCCUCGCCUGACCCGAGCAUGCUUCCAAUGCCGACCUUCUUUCGCUCGCGGAACCCGGGAGUGCUUACCGUACAAGCCUUCUAG